UUUCAGUUGUUCCUCUUCCUUUUAUUUCUUUUCAAUUUGUGUCCUUUUCCCGAGAGAUGGCAAGCAGCAAAGUUGACAUGUCUUUAGACGACAUCAUAGCACAAAACAAAUCUAAAAGAGGUCGUGGAAGAGGUGGGACAAGAGGACGAGGAAGAGGCACCAAUAUGAGAGGAGGACGUGGUGCAACAAGAGGACGUGGGAACUUAACUCGAGGGAGAGGCGGAGCUACUGCAAGAGGGACCAUGUCUCGGGGAAGGGCGGGGCUCAGACGUUUUAGUGGUGGUCGUGGUCAGGGGAGUGGUCGAAUUGCAAUGAGAAGAGGAGGAGGGAGGGCUAGAGGUGGUAUGAAGCAGGUCCGGAAUACCAGCGUUCAAUUCCUGAGACAAAAGCAGCGGAAUGCUAUACAGGCUGCCAGGAAAGACGCAAGGAACACUUCUAUGGAUUCCAAUAGGAACUUACAGACCACUCCCACUAGAGGGCGUGGCAGAGGACGUGGUGGACGACGUCAACUUGUUAGACCUAGUUUCAACAACAAAGGACAACAACAGAAUAUGAGAGGAGCAGCCACAAUAAGAGGACGGGGUAACGUUAGAGGACGUGGGACAGUUAGGGGGCGUGGCACAGCCAGAGGACGUGGUAUUGCUAUGAAACAAUUAGUCAGAGGCGCAGUUAGAGGAAGAGGUAGAGGUAGAGGAGCAUUAUUACAAGCAGCUGCUGCAUCCAUUGCAAGAGCUAGAAAAACUCUACAGCAGCAAGCAGCUACUCUAGUACAGCAGCAACCUGUAAGAGGAGGAGGUAGCAUGAGAGGGCGUGGUAGGGGGAGUCGUACAAGAAGAGGGUGGGUCCAACCGCGAAACAAUAACAUGCAAGUCUCUGUUGUAUCACCUGUAAUGACAGAAGAGAUUAAUCCGCUGGGUAUUGAUCUGUCUCCGGACUUUGGAUCAACGCAUCACACUAGUCAGUCAUUAAACAGUCGAUUCACUCCAGUCAGCAGAAGAGGCAUGGGAAGACAGAGGGUUGUACUACCCAAUGGCAGAUCAGUUCAAUACCAGAUUUAACUUCAUUUACAAAUACACACACACACACACGAAUAAUAUCCUUCUCUUCCAAUGUACUUGCCCUCCCAAUUAUGAUGGAUUAUUAUUAUUGUUACUUAUUUUAUUUAAGUCUGUAAUAUUAGUAAAAGCAAAUAAAGAAACUAAUAAUAAUACUUCGUACAUCAAACACUCGUUAAAUGAUAAUACUACGCAUAAAAUAACUAUCAAGACUCGCUAUAUUUAUUUAAAUUGGUUCAGGAUUGUCAUUCCAGUUU